AGGAGACAAGCAGGAGAAUAGAGCAGAGGAGAGAGCGUCUGGGGAAGCCGGGCGUGAGGGAGAAGGACACUGUCCACACACGGACGACCCCGGCGGUCAGCUGCGGUUUACAGGCAGCGUCGAGCCUGUAAUGUGACGGACCACAUCACUCUACAGCUUCAUCAUGGAAGAGAAGGAGAGCCAGGCUGUGCCACUUACUUCAUCCAGCAAUGGAGAUGCUCCUGAUAAGUCCGAGAGUCCAAAGGACGUCAUGCAACUCAAGAAAGAGAUCUCCCUUUUAAAUGGAGUCUGCCUUAUUGUGGGCAACAUGAUCGGCUCAGGGAUCUUUGUGUCUCCCAAGGGAGUUCUUAUUUACUCAGCCUCUUAUGGGCUCUCUCUAGUCCUGUGGACACUAGGUGGUAUCUUCUCAGUGAUCGGGGCCCUGUGCUAUGCAGAACUCGGUACCACCAUUCCUAAAUCAGGAGGCAGCUAUGCAUACAUCCUUGAGGCUUUCGGGGGUUUUGUUGCCUUCAUCAGACUCUGGACGUCACUGCUGAUUAUUGAACCCACCAGCCAAGCGGUGAUUGCGAUCACUUUUGCAGACUACCUGGUACAACCCAUGUUCCCUUCCUGUGAACCUCCCUACGUCGCAUCUCGUCUCAUUGCUGCUGCUUGUGUUUGUAUAAUCACCUUUAUAAACUGUGCGUAUGUGAAAUGGGGGACACGGGUUCAAGAUCUCUUCACCUAUGCCAAAGUCAUUGCGUUAAUUGCUAUCAUUGUAACGGGCAUUGUUAAAUUAUGCCAAGGUUACACACAGCACUUUGAGGACUCCUUUGUUGGUUCAUCAUGGGACGCCGGGGACAUCUCUUUAGCUCUGUAUUCUGCCCUCUUCUCUUAUUCCGGCUGGGACACUCUUAAUUAUGUGACAGAAGAAAUUAAGAACCCAGAGAGGAACUUGCCAUUGGCCAUUGGAAUUUCCAUGCCGGUCGUCACCAUCAUAUACAUUUUAACCAAUGUGGCUUAUUACACUGUGCUGGAUUUCAACGCAGUUGUCGGCAGCGAUGCAGUAGCCGUGACGUUUGCUGACAUGGUGUAUGGUAUAUUUAGCUGGACCAUUCCCUUGGCUGUGGCCCUCUCCUGUUUUGGUGGCCUCAACUCUUCCAUCCUUGCUGCCUCAAGGCUGUUCUUCGUUGGUGCGAGGCAAGGACAUCUCCCUGAUAUGCUGUGUUUGAUACACCUGGAGAGGUUCACACCAGUGUCUGCUCUCCUGUUCAAUUGUGCUGCCACCCUCGUCUACUUGUCCGUGAAAGAUGUCUUCCAGCUUAUAAAUUAUUACAGCUUUAGUUACUGGCUGUUUGUGGGAUUGUCUAUUGCUGGACAGAUCUAUCUCCGCUGGAAGGAUCCUGGCAGGCCUAGGCCUGUGAAGCUCAGCCUGUUUUACCCCAUUGUGUUCUGCCUGUGUACAUUGUUCCUGAUCGGUGUCCCAUUGUACAGUGAUACUGUGAACGCUCUCAUUGGGAUUGGCAUUGCACUUUCUGGUGUCCCAGUUUACUUUAUGGGAGUCUACUUACCAGAGUCCAAAAGGCCGCCCUUCAUCGGCAAAUUAUUGGCUUUACUUACAAAGUGGAACCAACUGCUUUUCAACUGCGUGUUGACGGAGGUUGAUGAUGAUGAUGGUGAGAAACAGCCAGAGGCGAAAUCAAAACAACGGCUAUGACCAAGUCAAGAAUAAAGAGCGUCAUCCUGAGCGGAACAGGACGGUUCUGAAAGGAAGCAGGAAAUCUGGGCAAUUAUGUGAGCGUAGCAUUGGCUUUGUUGAAAACGGUGGAAAUGUGGAUAAGGCUUCAUUCAUGUGGAUGUGUAUUUUGGGCAGUAUUUGUAAGCCAGAACUUGGAGGAGAUCCAAAACAUGCUCAACUCCUGGUUUUGUCUUACAAAUAAUGAUGCAAAAUCCUGACCAAAAUACAAACGUGUGAAUGAGGCCUGAGGCUGUGUAGGUGGUGGAGUUAAAGAUGAUCACGAGUGAUGAUGGUGGUACCAGAAGAAACCAUCAUUGACUAGAUGCACUCCGUUUUUUUUAAAUCUUGUACCAAAUGCAGAAUUCCAGGUGCAAUGCUAACCUCUAGAGCUUGUCUUCAGGGUCUCUUCAUACAGCUUUACAAAGGUUGGAAUUAUUAUUAUAUAUAUUUUAAUUUUUUAUUUUCUUUAUAUUAUGUUCAUCCUGAAGCUGUCAGGCAAAUGAUGAAAAACGAAGCUGAUGCUGACCUUGCAUGUUUUACGUUUGUGAAUGAGGUAGGGUUGCUCACCUAGUCCUAAAUUGUGAGCUUCAACCUAAAAAACCCGAUUACCGGAAUUAGUUUUUUUUUCAUUCUUUUAAUGGGCUAUUCCCAUCUUGAGCCCUUUGGCCUAUCCGGUGGAUGUCGUUCACAUUCACUGCUUUUAAUGUUGAAACAGAGAGGUGAUGGUAGAAAGAGCUGAGCACCGUUUGCUUUCUACUCCUUCACAGUCACCUCUUCUCCAUUGAUUUCAAGAAAAAAAUGAUGCUGCUUUGAUUCGAUGAGUGGUGAUCAUGAGAACCCUUUUCUCCUGAUAGGUGGGGUUCUCAGGAGAGAGAUUGCCAGCUAUGUGGACCUUUUUACAUAUUCAUGGCCUGUACCAGGGAUCGGCAACCUUCGGACCUCCAGCUGCUGUGAAACUACAACUCCCAGUAUGCAAACAUGCUUGGCUGUUCUCAUAACUCCCAUAGAAGUGAAUAGAGCACUCUGGGAGUUGUAGUUUCAGAACAUCUGGAGUGCUGGAGGUUGCUGAUCCCUGACCUAUACCGAAGAUGGGAAUAUGUGAAAGGCCAGGGCCAUGGCUGCCAUAUCUGUCUCCUGUUGGGCCUGUUUUUUUCACCCAUUCAUCAGCUAAUCCUAGCUUCUUGAUUAUUGUCCACACGUUGCUUCUUCAGCAAGAACACUCCAGAAAAGAUUUUUAUUAAUUGUUACGCUACAAGGCACAGUUUGGAAACGUCAUAUAUUAUGUCCAUGUUUUUCUUCACUUUUUAAUACAGUGCCUUUUAAAAGAG